CAUGACGGUAAAAGAAUCGAAGUACCCAUCUCUAGUGACAGCACGAAGAAGCUAGAAGUUCCAGAAGAAAAAGACCAGACCGGUAGCGAUAGCAGAGACGAGUUCGGCGAAUACACCUACGAGGACGAAGAACUAGUCGAGGCAGAAGGCCCAGUGUUGUACUUGACGAAUGUAGAAGAAAUGCCGACGAAAGAUGACGACGAAACCGAAGUUACGGUGGAAGAACAAAUAGAACAGUUCCUCCAGAACGAUAACCUUGAUAAAGAAGACAAGGAAAAAGCAGUGUCGUUCUUUAAACAGAAGAGAACCCUGUUCGCAAGCGAUAUACGAGAACUUGGAGAGACGAACGUGAUAACCCAUGGGAUCGAGACUGCUGCGAUAGUAGAAAGCAGUGAAGAAGAAUUAGUAACGGAAAAGGACGAAAAACAGGACGAUAAAGAACAAACCAACUUAACCAAUUUCGAACAACAUCUUGCGUUAAAAAUCAUGGAUCUACAGAAAGCUAUAUAUACAGUCGAGUUUCACGGAUUUAACCUAAUAACGACAAAACCUAAACAGCUGUUAGUGUUAAGAGAUUGGGUGAUUACAGGAGCGAACCAAGAAUUAGUGAAAUGGGAAUACUUACACGAUACUGGAAUCGACCUGGGAUAUACCGAACCGUUAAACCUGCAAAAAAUCAAUAAAGAUAAAAACGCCAAUUGGAGGAGCGAUCGAAAGGUGGUUAAUAUUAAACCAUGUAGUGGUGUCCUGGCAUUAGAAAUCCGAAAUGGAGAUAGAAGAUUACGAACAGUUGAAACGGUACUUGCAAGAAGGAUACGUCGACGGCAACCUAGAAAAGAAACAAAAAAGACAAUUAGUUAA